UGGUUGUUGAUCAAGAAAGGAGUAGUACAAUGAACUAACCUGGAAUCUAAUCUUGAUAUGGAGACAAACAAAAUGCCAUAUUCUUUUAAUACUACUACUAUUUAAUUUCUUUGAAGGAAUUUUCUUUCCACAUCAAACAGCUUCUAAUAGAGCAAAACUCUAUAAAUCCACUCCCCCCUAUGACAAAAGAUCACCACUAUAUCUAUUCUAAGUACAAAGAUGAAAAAUUCCUUAAAGACAAUAUUCCCAGAAUUACUUUUCUUAAAGUCUGAUAAAAGCAAGAAUUCCCCAAAAGUGAUUAUGAUAAGGUAAUUUUGAGAAAUUAUGUCCCUUGAUUAGAUUCGUUUUUCAAUUUAUUCAUCCAACAUCAAAUAUCUCACUGUACAGUAAAAGGUAUUUCUUGGAUUUCCCUUAAACUUAUACAGCUUCAUUUCACACUUAAAAGUCUCACUCUUUGUAAAUUGAGUUUCAAGAUUCCACCUUUUUAUAUUCUUAAGGGCACAAAGCCACAAACACAAAACUAUUCUUGAUCAGUAAUGUCUUUUUCAAGUGGAAGAUCAACAGGGCAAUCCUACAAUGGGAUUGUUAGAAGAAUGGUGAGUCUUCCUCGUAGUAUAAUGGGUGGAUUUUCAAGAGUAAUGGAUCAAGGAAUGGACUUAAUGGGAAUUGGAGGAAGAAGAAAUCAUCAAGCUCAAUUACCUCAUCCCAAUUUCCCAUACCAACACCCUUAUGAAUUCCCUUUUCAAGAUCCAUUUGAUUUUCCUCCACAAAUAAACCCACAUGACCCUUCAAUGGUCCAAGAAGAAUGGGCAUUUUUGAACAAUUUUGAGCAAGAAUAUGGCACUGAACAUCCAUUUUUCUAUGCUUGUAAGUUCAUGGAUGCACUAAAGAUAGCAAAGGAUGAGCAUAAGUUCUUGUUUGUGUACUUUCACUCUCCACAACACCCCUUUACCCCUUCUUUCUGCAGUGAGACUUUGUGUUGUGAUCUUGUGGUACAGUUUCUUGAUGCAAAUUAUGUUUGUUGGGGUGCACUUGCUGAUAGAGGAGAGGGUUUGCAAAUGGCAACAAGUCUUAGGGCUUCAAGCUUCCCCUUUUGUGCCCUUGUGGCUCCUGCUCCUGGAGAUAGCAUAGCUGUGCUGCAACAGUUGGAAGGUCCAGUUUCUCCGGCUGAAUUAGUGGAGAUAUUACAAAGAACAAUGGAAGAACAAGGAUUGGCUUUUGGCAGUGGAAGGGCCAGAGACCAGGAAAAGUUAAGGGCGGAUCGUCGACUAAGGGAAGAACAAGAUGUAGCUUAUGUUGCAUCUCUUCAGAUUGAUGAGGAGAAAGAGAAACUCAAGAACAUAAUGCCCUCGCAACAGAAUUCAAGACUAGAACAUGUUCCAAAUAAAUCAAAUCAAGAGAAACCUAAGCAAAAUCCAACACAGAUCCAAUCCAGUAAGCAAAAAGAAGCUACUUCUGCUAUAGCAACUAUGCAAAACCCUUCACUAUCCCAAUCUAGCAAGAAAAAAGAUUCUAUCUUUGCCAAGGCAACUAUGCAAAAUCCAAUACAAUACCAUUCAAGUAAGAAGAAAGAGCCUACCAUGAAUGCAAGUGCAGUGAAAAAUGCUCAAAUGACUCAGAUUGCCAUUCGGUUUCCAAAUGGUGAGAGGAGAGAACAGAGCUUCUCAUCUACAGAAAAGAUUCAAGAUAUUUUUAGGUACAUCGAUUCAUUAGGUUUGCAUGGAGUUGGAAAUUACAGACUGAUAUCAAACUUCCCAAGGAAAGUGUAUGGUGUGGAUCAAAUGGGAGUGACACUCAAAGAUGCAGGCCUUCAUCCUAAAGCAAGCCUCUUCCUAGAGCUUCUUUGAACUUAUAAUUACUCGUUGUGGCAUCAAAAUAUUUGGUAUCAUACUCUGUACCAAAGCGUAUAUGACUGUUGCUCGAAUUAUAUAGUAUAAUGAUCAGUACAUUUCUUCUAUCUUUA